AUGCAUCCUAAGGAUAGGGUUGGCUACCUCGACAAAAGGGAAGUCAUCUACAAAAUCUCAUGCGAAGCUUGUGAUACGGCAUAUUGCGGCCAAGCACGAAGAUACGUCUCCACACGCAUCCACGAGCACCAGUUGGCAGUAAAGAGAUGUGACCAUUUGUCCGAAGUGGCUAUGCAUUACCUGGACACUGGAUACACCUUUGAAUGGGACAAAAAACGCAUUGUUUGCCCUCCAAAAAAGGCCGAAGAUUUCUUGAGAUUAUGCACUCCGAUGAUUCAUGCAUCAAUCGGCGUAUCGAGUUGGCUGGAGUGA